ACUUGAAUAAUAUAAACAUUCAAAAAAAAAAAAAAAAAAAUAUUAUAUCUAUUUUAAUAGUUUAUAUUUUAUUUUUUACAAUUUUAUAUAAAAAAAUAUUAAAAAAAAACAAAAAAUGAAUUCCCUUUUUUUAACAUCCAAUGAUGAUACUACUAAUAAAAUAGUAUUUCGAGUAUUAGAUGGUAAGGCAGUAUGCUAUUGUUCACAUCCAUCUGUUUUAUUUUGCAAAAACUGUGUACAAAUGACUAGAAAUAUUGUUAAUUCAUGGGACUAUGAACCAGAGGGAUAUUUCGAGAAAGAAGAUUUAAUUGGUCAAACUCUUUUUCAUAAAUCUAGAUCUCAUCUACUUGAAAUAUUUAAAGUAUUAAGAAGUAUGGAAAAUAAAAGAUUGGAUUCUAUACUAUCCCAAAUCAUGGACUUGCAAAAAAAGGAUGACUUUGAAGGUUUUGGUGCCGCUAUGAGUCAUAUUACAAAUUUUGAUGAAGUAAAAGGCAAAUUAGAUGAUAAAGAAGAAUUAGAAAAAGUUGGUGUUCCAAGUGAAUCAACAAAAAAUAUUGACCAAGAUGAAGUAUUCGAAGAAACCAGUGACUCUGCCGAUGAAAAUGAUGAAGAGUUUGAAGAUGGUAACGAAAUAGAUGAAGAAGAAAUUAUAGUAUUAAAACCAUCUUCAAAUAAAAAACCAACUGCAUCAAAAAAAGGUGGUAAUAAAAGUAACACUACAAACAAAAACAAUAAUGACAAUACCCCAAUUAAAAUUAAUAUUAUCGAUGGGGACAACAACGGCGAUUUUGAUAUCAAGGUCAACAAAAAAACCAAUGAAACAAAUAAAAGAAAUAGAAAAAAUUAAUAUUUUUAAAACAAAAUAUUAAAAUAACUAGUAUAGUAAACAAUAGUGGAUCAACAAUAAUUAAACCAAUAAUCAAUAAUAAAAAAAAAAAAAUUUUAAAAAAAAAAAUUAACAACCAAACUUUUAAAUAAAUUUAUAUAAAAAAAAAAAAAAUUUUCCCCAUC